AUGCUCCACAAGCUUGGAACAUUCGACUUGAUAAGAGUCUCAAAUAGCUUGGCUUUGGGAAAUGGACUCAAGAGCAAGCAGUCUACACAAGAAGAGAAUGAGAAGAAAGUGUUCUUGUUGGAGUGGAUUGAAGUCGAACAACAGAAGAGUCGAAUCUUGCUCAAACAGCCAACUUAUGCCAAAAGAAUGUUGUCUCAGUUCGGAAUGGUUGACUGCAAUGCCACGAAGUACCCGAUGGAACCCAAGGCACAACUUCACAAAGACAUGGAAGGAGCACCAAUUGAUGCUACGGAGUACAGAAGCACCGUUGGUUGUCUUAGAUACUUACUGAACACAAGACCGGAUCUCUCAUAUGCUGUUGGGAUGGCGAGUAGGUAUAUGGAAUGGCCUACAGCCAUGCAUCACAAGGUGGUCAAGCAAAUACAUAGGUAUUUGAGAGGGACAAUUCACUUUGGGCUCACUUAUGUGAAAGGUCCCCGAGAAGUCAAUAUAUUUGGCUACUCUGACAGUGAUUUAGCCGGUGAUCUCGAUAGGAGGAAAAGCACAAGUGAAAUGGUGUUCUACUUAAAUGAAAACUUGGUUGCAUAG